AAAUUGAGGAGUGGGAGUUUUUGGAGGCGCCAACAUUAAUGGCAAAUAUUAAGGUCUGUCUGAACAUUUGGGGACACUCAAUGCGGUAGUAUGAAAACAACCUUGCCAGGUUAUGGUUUUCGGAGACCUCGCAUGACCUAUUAAUCUACUCUACGUACAUGAAACAUACACUUAGGCCAUUUCCCACUGCCAAGGGCGGGGGACACUUGGGGACAGUUGAAACCUAAUGGCUUUAUUAGUUUAAGUGCAAACCCAUUUGGUUAGGAUGGGGACUAGGUUUGAAGCUUUAGAGGGUUAGGAAUGUAUUUGGGAAUAAGGAAAUAAUGUGGGCAUACAACAGCAUUUUCACAUUUCGCGGAUAAAAAGGUGAAUUAAUACUGCCAUCUAUGACAUCAAGGCCCCAGAACAUCACAUAACCGAUUUAGAAAUUUUAAAUCCACAAAUAUCGAUACGCCCGACAUAUCGACGCACACUAUCGAAGGUCGAAACACUUAUCGAUAUCCGUGAGUAUCGAUACCGAAUUGAGAAUUACUAACCCUAGGUCAGGAUGACCGCCUAUAAAAUAUUCCUCCAAAACUUCUGUAAAUUCAACGUCUGCCACUCGAAUCGAAUCAAAUAUUCGGCGACUCGCAGUUAUCACUCGACACGACGAAUUUUCGCUGCGGGGACUGGCGAUGAUACACUUAAAGGAGUCAUCAGGCACUGGAGCCAAAAGUUUGAAGACGAGGGAGUUCCCGAACCCGUGAGUUCCAUUGAACACAUUGUCGCACACGUGAUUGGAAAGAAAAGGAUCCUAGAUCUGAUGAAUUCGUUGGAUAGAAAGAUAACUGAGGAUGAGUUGCAGAGACUGGAGUCUCUGUGUGAAUGCAGAUUGUCAAGAAUGCCUGUGCAAUAUAUAAUCGGUGAAUGGGACUUCCGAGACAUCACUUUGAAGCUAGUUCCCCCGAUCUUCAUACCCCGCCCUGAAACCGAAUUCUUCAUCGACUUCAUCCUGAAAAGACUCUCGGAGACCACCAAUGAUACCUCAACUGUCCUAGAAAUUGGAACGGGCUCUGGUGCUAUUUCCCUAGCUCUAGCCCAUUCCUGUGAUAAGGUGCGAUGCGUAGCCAUUGAUCAAAACCCACAUGCUUGUGACCUUGCGAGAGAGAACUGUCGAAAUCUGAAGCUCGACGAUCGAAUUUCAGUCGUCAAUGCUACACUGGAGGCUCCAGGGAGGAUUACAAGUGUCAGUGGAGAUUGUGGUAUUCAUUUCGAAGGGGAAAAAUUCGACUUCAUCGUUAGCAACCCACCGUAUAUUCCUACUAAAAAAAUUAUGGAGCUGGAACCUGAGAUUAAAGUUUUCGAAGAUAUCAGAGCACUGGACGGUGGGCCGGAUGGCCUGAAACUGAUAAAGCCUAUCAUGAGGUAUGCCUCGACAUCGCUGAAACCCGGUGGUCACUUAUUCCUAGAAGUCGACUCAUCCCACGGCGAAUACAUCAAAUUUUUCACGGAAAAAUUCACGGACCUCAGCCUGAAAUUCUGUCACAUUUACAAGGAUUACUGCAACAAUGACAGAUUUAUUGAGAUAACUAAGCUAGAAUAAUCGAACCAUAUAAAUAACAACUGUACAAAUUCACAUAAACUAUUAUUUAAU